CCCGGCGGGCUGGAAGCGCUCCAUGGAUGCAGAUGGGAAGACCGUAUUCAUCAGCGAACGCACACAGGAGCAGUGGUUCAAGUCUGUGGAUCAAAAAGGAAAGACGUACUACUACCUGAGAGACGGCUCCAGAUCCCAGUGGAACCUUCCAGCAGAGCUCCCGGUUGCACCCAGUCUGCCCAAGGUGGGGAAUGGAGUGGACCAGGACAGCCUGCCGGUUCUGAAGAACUGGAGACAUACCAUGGGCCCAGCUCAGUUUGGCCCCUCCCAAGAAGACAACAGGUUCUUUCCAACACAUAGGAGAAACGUUCCCGACGCCACCAGUGAAGCAUCCAGCCUCAGCAACUCCCCCGAGACGCCACACCAUGGAAGUACAGUAAGAACGCACGACACGAUAAGGUUUUGA